UAGUUAAAAUUUCGUUACCGCCCGCUCAAGAACAAAAGAAUAGUGUCUCGUCCAAGGCGAUAAGUUACUUGAUACGACCAUGCUGUCCAUUUGGAGCGGACUUUGUGUUAUUGUGAUUGUUUGUGGUUGCUGCAUCGAAGCUCAAAACACUGGUCCAUCCCAUGGCAAAGUUGUGGUUUGCUACAUUGGCACGUGGGCCGCCUACAGGCCAGCACGAGGCUCGUUCACAGUGGAAAACUUGGAGCCCUCACUUUGCACUCACGUAAUCUACGCGUUUGCCGGCCUGAACCCUCAGGAAGACUCUAUCCAAUCUCUAGAUCCUUGGCAAGAUCUAACCGAACAUUAUGGAAAAGGGGGCUAUCAGAGGAUCACUACACUCAAGCUCAGAUAUCCGCACCUUAAAGUCUCCUUAGCUAUUGGGGGGUGGAACGAAGGCUCGAAAAACUAUUCCCAACUAGUCGCUGAACCUCCCAGAAGAUCCAAGUUUGUCGCCAGUGCUGUGGACUUCAUAAGGAAAUACAACUUUGAUGGCCUGGAUUUGGACUGGGAGUUUCCAGGCAAGAGGGGCGGCGCUCCUGAAGACAAACUAAAUUUCCUGCUGCUAGUGAAAGAACUGAAAUCAGCCUUUAGGAAACACAAUCUCCUCCUCACGGCCGCAUUUGGGGCUGGAAAGGACACCAUAGACGUCGCCUACGAUGUAGAAGGCCUAGGCGUCUAUCUGGACUUCAUCCACAUGAUGUGCUACGACUAUCACGGCGCUUGGGAUCAGAAAACCGGAGCAAACGCGCCUCUGAGAAGCUCAGAUGUACUGAAUGUGGAAUACACGAUAAACUACAUGAUUAAGUUGGGGGCGCCGAUGCAUAAACUGGUGCUUGGAGUGCCGCUCUACGGCAGAACAUACGUGCUUCCUGAAGCACUCCACGCCAGUUCGAAAAGAAAACCCAAAUUGGGCAUAGUUUCUACCAGCGUGGGCUUCCAAGGGCCCAUCACAAGAGAACCCGGAUUUAUGGGCUAUAAUGAGAUUUGCCUUGAAUUGAAGAACAAAACGGAGCCAUGGAUGAAGUUUUGGGACAGCGAAAGCGCAACUCCGUUUGCAAUCAGAAACAGCCAGGUGAUAACGUACGACGACGAUAAGUCUAUUUAUGAAAAAGUUAAAUUUGCCAUGGAGAAAAAGCUGGCAGGGAUCAUGGUUUGGUCUGUGGACACUGACGACUUUCAAGGAGACUGCGCCAACGCGGACGAUGACUCCCCACAGAACUUCCCCUUGAUGAGGGCCAUUGAUAAAAGUAUCGAAACAUCGCUGGAAGAAAUCAAGAACAGCAUCAUCAAAGGAAAGUUCACGCCGAGAAGAAACAGCAGCUGCAGACUGUCGACCAGUUCUAACAUGCUGGUUUUCAUUACGGCACUGUUCGUUUUGGGGCGCUAUUCUUUGUAGAAUGUUUUGCAUUGUGAAUCACAGCGAAACUUGAUGUAAUAACUUAGUCCUUUAGGCCGAUGCAAGUCAAACCUGAGGAGAUUCAUGCUGAAUUGUUUCGUGAACUUGUACAAAAUACCUCUACGAAUAGAUAGUUUUAGCGUAUUUUUAAAAAAGGGCGUUCGUUUAUAAUAAAAGUAGGUCCUUUACUAGGAAGGAAAAGUAGCCAAGG